AUGGCGAAAGUAGCAGAGGACUACUUCAAAAGUAUCUUCUCUGCCUCUGCUAUUCAGGAUCCGAGCCAGGAAUUUGAGGAGUUUAUACCGAAGGUAACACCAAGUAUAAAUCGGAAACUUCUGCGGCCAGUGUCUAUGGAGGAGGUUAAAAGAGCAGCAUUCAGUGUGCAUCCUCAGAGUGCCCCAGGAGAUGAUGAUUUUACAGCUAAGUUCUUUCAUACAUUCUGGAGCAUUGUGAGUGGAGAUGUUUUCUCGGCUGUGAAGAGCUUCUUUACAGGAGGCAGAUUAUUCAAGAGCUUCAACCAUACCCAGAUCUGUCUUAUUCCUAAGGUCCCCGGUGCAAAAGACAUGUCCCAAGUGAGACCCAUUAGCCUCUCUACAGUAGUAUACAAGAUUAUCUCAAAAAUCCUUGUCCAUAGACUGCAACACUUUAUGAAUCUCUUAGUUAGCCCGAAUCAGAGUGCCUUCUUGAAAGGUAGGCUGAUUUCGGACAAUGUUCUUAUUGCACAUGAAGUUAUGCACUACUUGAAAACAAAGAGAUUUGGGAAUGUAUCUGAGAUGGCCAUAAAGCUGGAUAUGAGCAAAGCGUACGAUCGGGUAGAGUGGCCUUUUCUUUGGUUUAUGAUGGAACGUCUAGGGUUUGAUGCGAGAUGGAUUGGCUGGAUUAAAGAGGUUGUUGCGAUUGUUUCUUACUCUAUUGUUGUGGAAGGACAACCAUUUGGCUAUUUCAGGCCAAGUAGAGUCAACCUAAACAAGUCGGCUAUAUUCUUCAGUAAAAAUACCCCCCAGAAUACCAGAAGUUUAUUGGCUGGGAAUCUGAAUAUCCAAUAUAUUGGGGCCCAAGAUAAGUACCUAGGCCUACCUUCUACAAUACAGAGAUCAAAAAAGGCAACAUUUGGUGCUAUUAAAGACAGAGUUCGAAAAAGAGUUGAAGGUUGGAAACGCAAGCUACUCUCAGCUGGAGGGAGACAUGUUCUAAUUAAGGCGGUGGGAGAAGCUGUUCCUAUAUAUACCCUAUCAUGCUUCAAACUGCCUGACUCGUUACUUCAGGAAAUUCAAGAUAUUAUGAGAGUAGAGGUAGGGAACUUACCGUCUUGGGGCUGGCGAAGCAUUCUAGAAGGGAGAAAAGUCACCGAGAAAGGAUUAAUCUGGCAAAUAGGUCCUGCUUCUAAGGUGAAUAUCUUCUCUGAUCCAUGGAUCCCGCCUCAGCAACAAUUUACCCCUCCCCUUAGGUUAAACUCCUUUGCCACAAAUCAACCUGUCUCACGGGUCAGCCACCUGAUGCACGAAAACAACGAGUGGAAUCAACAAAUUAUUUCCUCAAUUUUUCCACCAGCCAUCACCCAGCAAAUCUUAGCAAUUAAAAUUGGGGAACAGAGGGAUAAGAUUACUUGGUUGUUCCAUAAAUCUGGUAGAUAUGAAGUCUCUUCUGGCUACAGAAUAGCCUAUUCGUUCAGCCAUGAACCAACUGAGCUGUAUCCCCACCUCCAGCAAAGACAAGGAAUUUGGCGUGACCUAUGGAAGAUUAAAGCCCCACCAAAGAUCCUCAUUUUCCUCUAG